UGGUGGGCUCAAAGCUCUCUUCCCUACUCCUCACAUAAUACAGUCUCCCAAGCAAAGCUUCUUCGACGAGCAAGUAAAAAUUGCAGAGAAGAUAGAGAUGGCGAUCUCGAAGUUCCUCAUUGCCGCCGUAUCCCUGCUCCUUGCCGUUACCUCUGCCACCGCAUCCACAGUUCACGACGAGCUUUCCAAGUACGGCCUCCCACCGGGUCUUCUCCCCGAAUCAGUGAUAAACUACUCGGUCAACAGCAAUGGGGACUUCGAGGUGGAACUAUCUUCUACGUGCUACGUCAAGUUCACCGAUCUCGUCUACUACAGCAAAAAGGUAAAGGGAAAGCUCUCCUAUGGCCUUAUCUCCGAUCUAGAGGGCAUCAAGGUUAAGAAGUUGUUUGCCUGGCUUCCGAUCACGGGAAUCCUCGCACGUGACGAUGGGAAAAAUCUCGAAUUUCAGGUCGGGUUUUUGUCUGAAUUGCUCCCGAUUUCAUUAUUCGCGAAGAUCCCUCAUUGCGGAGCGGCGAAGGGAUCGUAUCGUGGAUCGGAGGGGUUGGUUGCUGGGGAUGCCCUUGCUGUUUCUGAGGUUUGAGCACCUGCAGUCAGUCAUCCAGAGCCUUAACUGCAAACAUCAAUUGGAAAGGGAUGAAGUCUAUUUUAUUUCUAAGUAAUGUUGUUAAGAUGUUGCAGCAUCUCCUUUGUAUUAAUUAGAUAACAAUAAACUGUCUUUUGUGAGUUUCAAUUAUCAUCUCUGUAUGAUUUUCAGCUUCCUGUGGAAGCUCUAUGGUAAAUAAAGAGUCAAGUUCCAGCAA